AUGACCGCCGUCAAGAACCAGGAGAUGGAGUACUCCAUCAAGCCCGAGGCGGUUAAGCCCAACAUCACCGCCGAGGAAUGGCCCCUUCUCCUCAAGAACUACGACAAGUUGCUUGUUCGCACCGGUCACUUCACCCCUAUCCCUGCUGGUGCUUCUCCUCUGAAGCGUGACCUUAAGUCAUACAUCAGCUCCGGUGUCAUCAACCUAGACAAGCCCUCCAACCCUUCCAGUCACGAGGUCGUGGCUUGGAUGAAGCGUAUCCUCAGAGCCGAGAAGACAGGUCACAGUGGUACCCUUGAUCCCAAGGUUACUGGUUGUUUGAUUGUCUGCAUUGACCGUGCCACCCGCCUGGUCAAGUCCCAGCAGGGUGCCGGUAAGGAGUAUGUCUGUGUCAUUCGCCUUCACGAGAAGAUCCCCGGUGGUGAGGCUCAGUUCCGCCGCGCUCUGGAGACCCUCACCGGUGCGCUGUUCCAGCGUCCUCCUUUGAUUUCCGCCGUUAAGCGUCAGCUCCGUGUCCGUACCAUCUACGAGAGCAAGCUGUACGAGUUCGACAACGAGCGUCACCUCGGUGUGUUCUGGGUCAGCUGUGAGGCUGGUACCUACAUCCGUACCCUGUGUGUCCACCUGGGUCUGCUGCUUGGUGUUGGUGCCCACAUGCAGGAGCUGCGUCGUGUGCGCUCCGGAGCUAUGGAUGAGACCAAGGGUAUGGUUACCCUGCACGAUGUGAUGGACGCCCAGUGGGUUUACGACAACCAGCGUGAUGAGUCCUACCUGCGCAAGGUCAUCAGCCCUCUCGAGAGCCUGCUCACUGGCUACAAGCGUAUUGUCGUCAAGGACAGCGCUGUCAACGCCGUCUGCUACGGUGCCAAGCUUAUGAUUCCUGGUCUUCUGCGCUUCGAGUCCGGCAUUGAGGUCAACGAGGAGGUCGUUCUCAUGACCACCAAGGGUGAGGCCAUUGCCAUUGGUAUUGCUCAGAUGUCUACCGUUGAGCUCUCCACCUGCGAUCACGGUGUUGUCGCCAAGAUCAAGCGCUGCAUCAUGGAGCGUGACCUGUACCCCCGCCGCUGGGGUCUGGGCCCUGUUGCCCUUGAGAAGAAGAAGCUCAAGUCUGCCGGUCAGCUCGACAAAUUCGGCCGCACCAACGAGGCUACCCCCGCCAAGUGGAAGUCCGACUACAAGGACUACAACGCCCCUCUCGAGGAUGGCGAGACUGCUGCUCAGCCCGAGGUUGCUGCUCCUACUCCCGCUGAGGAGCCCGUGAAGGCCGACACCGAGAUGGUUGACGCUGAUGACGAGAAGAAGAAGCGCAAGCACGACGGUGAGACCGCCGAAGAGAAGGCUGAGCGCAAGAAGAAGAAGAAGGAGAAGAAGGAGAAGAAGGAGCGCCGGAAGUCCAAGCAGGCAGAGGACAGCGAUGACAGCGACUAG